GAACUAUCACUGCUGGAACGAGUGCUACAUGUCCAGACCAGACCUCCCUCCAGGUUUUGGAGGAUGGCAGGUUGUGGAUGCAACACCUCAAGAGACCAGUGACGGCAUGUACCGAUGUGGACCUGCAUCAGUCCAGGCUAUCAAACAUGGACAGAUUUGCUACCCAUAUGAUGCUGCCUUUGUGUUUGCUGAGGUGAACAGCGAUUGUGUAUUUUAUUCUCGGAAGAAUGAUGGGACCAUGCAGCCGGUCAAAGUGAACCGGACUCAUGUAGGUCGCAUGGUUUUGACCAAAGCUGCAGGAGGCGAGACUCGUCGAGACAUCACUAAUCAAUACAAGUUUGCUGAAGGAACCCAAGAGGAGCGAACAGUCCUGGAGAAAGCAGAGGAGUACGGCUGUAAACGGGAGAAGUCCAACCCCCCUCUGGCUGAUGUGGACGUGGUCCUGCCGACCCUGGAGGUCAGCGUUGGAGACAGCUUCGAGCUGAACCUGGAGUUCAUCAACAGCAGUGACCAGCGGCGCACAGUGCAGACCUACGUCAGUGGGAGUGUGGUGUAUUACACUGGAGUCUCCAGCCAUGAGUUCCUGUUUGAGACCCCCACUGUUACAGUUCAGCCCAAAAAAAGCGUGAAGAAGUUGGUGAUGGUUGAGUCGAGGGACUACAUGGACCAUCUGGUUGAACAGGCUAACCUUAACUUUAUCGUUACCGGGAAGAUCAAAGAAACUAGCCAGAUCGUCACCGCAAUGAAAAUCAUCACCCUGCACAACCCAAAACUCAUUGUUGAGGUGUCUGGCAGCAACAAAGUGAAUGAGGAGAUGAUGGCAACUGUCCAGUUUACAAACCCCUUCACCCAUAAUCUUGAGAAUGUCAACAUUCGUAUGGAAGGACCGGGGAUCAUGUCACCCAGGAACAGAUAUUAUGCUCUUAUCCCAGGAGGCUCCUCUCUGACCUGCACUGAGAUGUUCACCCCUCAGAGGUCUGGCAGAACCAGAGUGAUCGCUACUCUGGACUGUUCCGGUCUCCGACAGGUCUCUGGCCAGGCGUCCAUCAGCAUCGAGGCCUGAGGAUCACUGCAGCGUUACAGACACCCAAAACCUUUCUGCUUCAGUUGGACUUCUGUUACAAAAAGGUCUAAAGUAUUACAUAAAAUCAGAACUAACUUCAGCAUCUAUCACACAUGCAGAUGUCUUUUCAAGGUCAUUAUGAUGGCCAGAAUAGGCAAAUUCACAGUUUGCCA